AUACCUCCAAUCAUCAACCAUUAUCAUAUCACCGCUGGGCACUGUCUUGAAUGAAUCCAACUACACUAUAUGGGUGCCUCUUAUGAAGAUGAGGAUUGGAGCACGAGGAAAGGUCAGCUAUCUCACUGGAGCUAGAGCUGCACCAAAUGUAGAUUCUGCUGAAUUUGAAGUUUGGACCAAAGAGAAUGAAAAAGUGAAGAGUUGGCUAAUUGAUUCCAUGGAGCCAUCACUCAUGAAUCGGUAUAUCCGACUCCCAACAGCGAAAGAUGUGUGGGAAGCUGUUGAGAAGACCUUUUAUGAUGAUUCUAAUGAAACCAGGAUUUUUGAAUUAAACAAGAAGUGCUUUGGAGCAAAACAGAAUGGCUGGACUCUUCCUAUUUACUACAAUGAAUUGGUAGGAAUGUUUCAGGAAAUUGAUCAGCGUAUGGCUUCUCAAAAUAACACAGUGGCUGCAGUUGUUCAAGAGACCACUGCCAUGGCACGAAUGCAAGUUCACAUGUUCCUUAGUUGACUCGAUUCAGAGUAUGAUCAAGUUCGUGGUGAGAUUCUGCGCAAAGACCCGAAAUUCGACUUGGAGCAAAGCUAUGCAUAUGUUCGGAAAGUGCAUUCUGAGAGGUAGGCAAUGGGACACGCCUCUGAAUCCUCUGCCAUGGCUAUCCAACGUAAACAGAGGUCCUCCUCAGGCUUCUCAACUCCCCCACAAUGUCGCCUUCUAGGUAAAACAAAUCCAUAUGCAAAUACAAAGUGUCCGGUUUGUGGAGAUUUGGGUCAUAGCAAGCAACGGUGUUAUGAAGUGAUUGGCUACCCUGAUUGGUGGGAUUUCACCAAGAAACCGCGAAAGAACCUUGGAAAAGCUGUCAUGGCUACUACAGAGGAAACGCAGCCAACUAGUGCCUCCGCUAAUGUAGCACAGUCAGGUAUGAAGGGACAUUCUGACUCGGCGGAUUCUUGGUUAUGGUGUCAGAAGGGGGAAGCUCUACUACUUGGAUCUGACAGAGAGUGGAGAACAACAGUUGUUCGGACAAGUGAAUCAGGUCAAUGGAGUAGAGAAUGCUAAGGAAACAGUAUGGCUAUGGCAUCGUCGUUUGGAUCUUCUAUCUUUUAGUUAUCUUAAGAAACUACAACCUCAUUUGUUUUCGGUUGUCAGUGAUUCCGAUUUUCGUUGUGAUGUAUGUGAAUUGGCUAAAAGUCAUAGAAUUUCGUAUUCACCUAGUCUUAAUAAAAGUUCCAUUCCAUUUAUGAAGAUUCAUUCGGAUGUCUGGGGUCCUGCCAAGAUCCCUUCUCUUUCUGGAGCUUGGUAUUAUGUGACUUUUAUUGAUGAUUGUACUCGUAUGACUUGGGUAUCUCUAUUAAAGAACAAGAGUGAUGUAUGCUCCAUGUUCCAAGAUUUUCAUAAAAUGGUGGCCACGCAAUACCAACAGUCUAUUCGGGUUUUCCAGUCUAACAAUGGUGGUGAAUAUGUUA